CAGGGGCAGAAAAGUCCUAUGCCAUGAGCAGCAUCCGUGUUUGUUGUGCACGCGCAAACAGUUCGAAACGAGCGAGCGUAUGGCUGUCUCCGUCCGGUUGUAGCGAAGUCCGACGGCGGGAUCGAAUUGUGGCGAAGUCACGCCCGUGCAGUGCGCCCACAGCAAAAAGCUCGGCAGGCGAGGCCACAUGUUCUCGUGAAGGCAAAACAACACAGCGCGAGCAACAGCAGCGAGGUUUACCCCAAUUCCCCAUUUCCCGUAGCACGGCAGACGCGCUCCCUUCUGAUUUCUGAAUCCCCGACGCCAUGGCCUCCGCACCGACGCCGCCGCCCCUCCUCCCGGUGACCAACCCUGCGUCCGGAUCGUCCCCGGCCGCCGCCGGAGGCUCCGAUGCGCCGAUCGCUACGCCGGCUUUCCGGCUCUUCCUGAGCCGGAUCUCCGACUCGGCGCGGCGCUCGCUGUCGGAUCGCCGGCCGUGGGGAGAGCUCCUCGACCGUUCGGCGUUCUCGAAGCCAGACUCUCUCUCCGACGCCACCUCCCGCCUGCGUCGCAACCUCGCUUACUUCCGCGUCAACUACGCCGCCGUGGUCGCCUUCGCGCUGGGGGCCUCGCUCCUGGCGCACCCCUUCUCGCUCCUCAUCCUCCUGGGCCUCCUCGCCGCCUGGUGCUUCCUCUACCUCUUCCGCCCCUCCGACCAGCCUGUUGUCCUCUUCGGCCGAACCUUUUCCGACCGCGAGACGCUGCUGGGGCUCGUCGGCGCGUCCUUCAUCCUGCUUUUCUUCACCUCCGUCGCGUCGCUCAUCAUCUCCGGGCUGCUCGUCGGCGGGGCCCUCGUCGCGGCGCACGGCGCGUUCCGGGUGCCGGAGGACCUCUUCCUCGACGAGCCCAACGCGCCCCCCGGCAGCAGCGCGGCCCAAGGGCUGCUGUCAUUCCUUGGCGGACCCGGAUCUGGGGUUUGAGGCGGCGGAGGGCAAGAUCUGGUAGGGUUCUUGGGCUCGACAGAUCUACUGGCUUAGUGGUGGUUUCGAUUGAUGCACCGGCUUCUGCGAAGAUUAGCAAAUUCAUCGAGAUUUUACCAUAUGGCUGAGUUUAGUGCCAAGUAUCGAGUAAUAUGAGUUUGUGGUGUCAGACUUUCGAUAUGGACUGUAUCUUCAUUCGCACGCAGUAAUGAUACGUUGAUAUGCUUCACUCACUCGUUCAGUAUUCUAUUAGUAUUUCCUUUUCCUACACUUGAUAAAUGCUUGUGGAAACUUGUGAUAAUUUCUGACCAUGAGUGCUGAA